ACUAGGUUUAACAUAACAUUCAGCCAUUCCUAUCCAUCUCUCUCAAUUUCAUUCCUUCUAAUCUCUCUAGCUUUGAGAUACUUGCUAAAAUGCCUUGCGGAAACCCAAACUGUUCCUGCGGUUCCAGCUGCUCCUGCGGCGACGACUGCAAGUGCGGAAGGACUGGCUUGAGUUUCUCGGAGAACACCGUUGCUGGGGUUGCGCCGCUAAAGAUGUACUAUGAGGAUUCCGAAAUGAAUUUUGGAGAGGGCAUACGCAUGUCUCAACUUAAUAAGAGAAAGAACAUGGACACCGAGAUGCUGAGCAGCCUGAGCUCCUCGAGUCCAGAUAUUGAAAGAAUAAUGUUGCAUGGGGGCAAUAGCUGUACUUUUCAUCCAUCAAUUCUCAAGAUGAACAGAAAUCUGUCUCCAAUCAGCCAAUUAAGUAACUUUGCUAGCUGCACGUUGUUAUAA